UGUUAAAGGAGAAGAACACAUGAGAACUGAAAAAGUGAUUUGAGAAGAGGAAGGAGGAGUAUACCCUGAAGACUUUCUGGCUUAUUGGGUACACAAACAAUGCGAGGACCGUAUAUUCAGGAGUACCUGCAGCCUGGAUGUAAAUAUCAGGUCAUUAUUUCGAUCCAAAGAUAAGAGGGACCAUGUGGCCAUUGUUCAAGACAGAAGGUCACUGAUGUCACAAGAGAAACAUUUUGCUUGAUAUUUGAUGAAGAAGGAUUUAAACUAUAAAGACAAUGGCAAUAUCGCGAAACAUCCUCAUCUACUUAAUGACAGCUAGUGUGAGUUUAUUGUCUGUGACAAGUCAAGAAGGGUCGGGCACCACUAGAGGUGAAAAAGAACCAGAACCAGGUGAUCAGGAUAUUCCAGAUCACCCUAGAACAGAUCUCAUUGUCGGAAUGGUCUUCCUGAUAUUGCUGCUGAUACUCGUGGGUGUACUUGUGCUGGUCAGAUACAAAUUUCCCAGGAUAAAAGAGUGCUGUGCUGCAGGGGUGUCAUCAGAGCAGAGUACAAAUGCAGGACAGAACAGAGAGGGAAAUCAUGCAGAUCACGCCGAUGAAGAGAUACAGAUGCAGAACCAGCAGGCGGGCUUAGGAGAUGUGGUGCCAUAUAUUUGUGCCAACGUCAAACCUCCCUCAAAUCAACUCCACUAUGCCACUGUCAAUUUCCAGAAGGACUCUGUCAGUGUCUGGACAGAUGGGAUCGCACUUCCUGACAUGAAUAAAAAUGGUUCUUCGGCCUGUGACUACUCCUCUGUCAGUAGGACUCAGGGUGCCACCCAUCGUCCAGCACCAGAGCAGCAUCUCUAUUCUACAGUCAUAGUGCCUGAGAAACCAUGAGAUAGGCGGAGUUUGACCUGCUGACGUUAACUGUGCAGUUUUAGUGGAUUUGCAUAUUCCUAUGUAUAUACUGUUUCACUUAAAAUAUAGAAAAGUAGACUAAUUUAUCAACAUUUUUGGUGAUGGACUCUGGAUGGAUAAUUUGGCACUAUGCAGAGUUUACCAAUUAGCAAAUUAGAAUCUAUUAUGGCUGGGUAGAUAUUAAUGUGAUAUAUAUGUGUGUGAAAGUAAAUUAUUCUCAGUAAUAUGUGAAAGGCAAUCACUGCAGAAAUUAUUACUGGCAGUUGGAUCCCUCUAGAGGGAUACAAAACCAUUGCAAUGGGGGAUGCACAUGACAGAAAGGGGAGAGAGCACAUUAGAUUUAAAAAAUCAGAUUUAUGAAAGAUAAUAUUAAAGCAGAGUGCUCUGAUGCUUAACAGGAAUAAUAGAAGACAUGUACAUGUUAGGGUUAACAGUAAAAUAGCCAUCAUAUAAUCCUAUUUUCAUAUUCUGGAGCUAUCUACUAUUGGCAAUAGGUUUUACUUAUUGUAUAACGCAGUGAGCUUCAGUCACACUCUUAGUCCUGAACCAAGUAAUAAUCUGAUUUCAUACUAACUGCUGCAUUCUAGUAAAUGAGAACACACUGAGUCUAUCUUACAUUUCACAGGCACAAAAUUAUAAUUUUUUAUUAACUUCUGAUAUUAUAAAACCUUUUGUGGUUGCUACUCUUAUUUUACCGCUUUCUGUUCAUCAUGACAUGUUCUAUUAAAGGUCAUGAGUGAUGAACAGCCUGUAUGCAGGAUAUUUAUAAUAAACACAGUACACCUUAUGUGUGAGAGACGACACUUUUUCUUCAUGACUUUAUGUUGCUUUGCAGCACCCUCUUCUGGUUGAACUGGUGAUCAGUCUCUCUCUCUCUCUCUCCUCCCCCUACAGAGAGAAACAGAGUAUGUCUCUUCACCUUGACUGAAGCCAAUAUAAGGAAUUUUAUACUAAAGGGACUGAAACUUUGGAAGAAAAUCAUUUUAUGUGUCUUAUAUUAAGUUUCAGAUAAACCUCUUAAUACGUUAUUGCACCAAACAUGGACUGUGGAUGCUGCACCCCCUCUCACUUACAAUGAGAGAACAUUUGAAAAGCAUCUUUUGACCGCUAGAGUGAACAGGAGGAAUGAUUACAGCACUCAAAACUUGUUCCAGUGUUGAUGCAGACACCUGACUAAUGUUUUCAGACAGUAGUUAUUUUUCAUGGGUCAUUAUAUCACUGAAAUUCUGUGAGGUAAACGAGACACAGCUUGUGAAGCUGAUAGAUUUGUUUGUGAAUGUCAGGCAUCAUUUUUAUCUGUUAAACUCUGGUAGCUGCUACAUGAUAAGUCCAGAUAUAGACACACAGGCGGGGUGUCAGUGUCUGCCUGCAAGUUCAUGGUGGUUGAUUUAAAGAUCAUGUUAUGUUUGUGGCUCCAUCAUGAGGCACCAUGGCUAGAAACAGUUUGUGUUACAGGUUAUUAGUGAGGUUGGAAGAUGGUGUACAGUUGCAGACAGUUGUAGCAACAA